AUGAGAAUUUGUGAAUUACAAUCAACAUGCAUAAAAUGUAACAAUAUUAAUAGAUAUUCAUAUUAUAAAUGUUAUAAAAAUUCUGAUUGUAUGCCAGGAGAAUUAUGUCAAUCAAACUUUUGUUGUCCUAUUCCAAUAAAACCAAUAUUAUCUAAUAAAUUAAUUAAUACAAAUAUAUCAUCUAUACCAAUAAUACCAAAUAUAAUUAGUUCAUCUUCUAUUGAUGAAAUUAAAAAAAAUGAUACAAAUUUAACAAAAAAUGAUAUUAUUUCAUUAAAUGAAAAUAUAAUAAAUAAUUUUACUUCUAUAACAUGUCCUGAUGGUUCAUAUUGGAAAGGUAAAUUAUGUACAGAUAAUACUGAUUGUAUUUCUAAUGAUGAAUUUUGUGCUGAGGGAAAAUGUUGUUCAUCAUGUAAACAAAGACGUCAUCAAGUAUUAAAAGAACAUGCAACAACUGAUAUUUAUGGAGUAUAUAUUCCACAAUGUUCUAAUGAUGGUUUAACAUAUAAAUCAAAGCAAUGUAAAACAGCAACAAAAGAUUGUUGGUGUGUAACUUCUUUUGGUAAACAAAUACAAAAUUUUGAAAGUAAAUCAAGAUAUUCAGUAUUAAAAUGUGAAAAUAUUGAUAUAAUUACACCAAUUAUUCCACAAAAUUUUAAAGAAAAACAAAAUGAUAGACAAAAUAUUAGAAGAUCACCACAAAGAAUUUCAUCAUAUAGAGCAUUUGUUGCAGAAUGUGGAUUUAAUGAACAUUAUGUACCAUGUCAAUCAUCAUGUCAACCAAAUUGUAUUCAACAAACAUUACAAGAAUGUAUUACAGGAACUGAUUGUAUACCUGGUUGUCAUUGUUUACCAGGUUACAUACGUUUAAAUGAAAAACCAAAUUCACCUUGUGUUCUUAUGGAACAAUGUUUAAAUAUUGGAUUAAAUACAGAAAGUAUUAUUAUGGGACAAAUUCCACAACCAUAUCAAUUUUCACCAAUUAUAGGACAAAAUUGUUUAGAUUCACGUAAAGAAUUUCAUAUUUGUGGUUCAAGUUGUCCAAUAACAUGUAGUAAUAGAUUACAACCAAAAUGUCAAUCAUCACGCUGUAUUCCAGGAUGUUAUUGUAAAAUUCCAUAUAUUUUAGAAAAUGAUUUAGAUUCUCAAAAUUCAAAAUGUAUUUUACCAUCAGAAUGUCCUUUAUUUAAUAAUAGACAAACGUCAAUGAUGGGUUUAUCUCCAGUUAUAGAUAUUAAUAAUCCAUCAAUUGAAGGAUCUUCUACUAUAAGAACAGUUAAACCAUUAAAUGAACAAUGUUCAGAUUCAUUAAAAAAUUUUCAAAAUUGUGGUACAUCAUGUCCUGUUGCAUGUAAUAAUUUAAAUCCAAAAUGUUCAAAUCAAUGUAUUUCUGGAUGUUUUUGUAGAGCACCAUAUAUAUUAAAAGAUAUUAAUAAUCCUAAUUCAGAAUGUAUUCUAGUUGAGCAAUGUCAAGAUUUACCAAUUAUUAAAAAUGGACAUGGAGUAAGAGUUUUACCAUCAUCAAUGAUGAGAAAUUUUAUGGUAAAUAAUCAAUUUUCAACAUUAAAUAUUCCUCAUUCAUCAUUACCAUUAAUAUUGUGUUCACAGGAUCCAAAAAGAGUAUGGACAAGUUGUGGUGGAUCACUUUUAUGUUCACCUUCAUGUCGUAAUUUAGGUGGUGAUACAUGUGAUAUUAAACAUUGUACUCCUGGUUGUACAUGUCGUUCACCAUAUGUUUUAUUAGAUCAUACAGAUCCACAAUCAGCAUGUGUUUCUAAAGAAAUUUGUCCAUCUCUAGUAACACCUCAACAACCUUUUUCUCCAACAGAUGAUGAUUCAUUAAUUGGAGAAAAAAAUUUAAAUUCACGUUGUUCAGAUCCAUUAAAAGAAUAUCGUAAUUGUGCAUCAUCUUGUCCAUUAGGUUGUAAUAAUUUAUCACCAAAACAAUGUGCUCCAUGUAUUUCUGGAUGUUUUUGUAAAAAUGGAUAUAUAUUUGAAGAUGCUUUAAAUUGGCAAAUAUCACGAUGUAUUACGAUGGAUAAUUGUCCAAGUAUUAGAGCACAUAUAAGGUUAUCAGAAAAUAGUUGUUCUGAUCCAUUUGCAGAAUAUAAUGCUUGUGGUUCACAAUGUCCUGAAUAUUGUGGUCAACCAUCAAAACCAGUUUGUUCAAAUAUAUGUAUUCCAUCAUGUCAAUGUAAACCAGGAUAUGUAAGAGCUCAAAAUUAUCAUUCAGCUCCAUGUGUUGCAUUAACUGCAUGUAAUUCAUUAAAUUCUUUUUUAGCUAAUGAAGAUAAAGAUAUAAAUAUAACAACUACUACAACUACUACAACAUCAACAAUAACAUCAACACCAUUUAUUACAGCACCAUCUGCAUUUGCUGAUUUAGGUAUUGUAAAAAUUUUAAUGUCAUCAGAAACAAAAGAUAAUCUUCAUCUUAUAACAUAUAUUACAUCAAAAAUAUCUUCAUAUAAUUCUAAAUUAAUUCUUGCUAUUCAUAAAUAUGGUGAUAUCUCAUCAAGUUGUACAAGAAUUGGUGAAAUUUUAUCAAUUAAAGAACAACCAUUAUUAUUAGGUUCACUUUCAGAAGAAGUUGGUAUUGUUGAAAAAAUUAUUAAAUGGAAUACAAAUAUAGAUGUUUUAUCAUUGGUUGGAAGGGCGAUUGCUUUACAUAACAUAACAAUUGAUCAACCACAAAAAAAUAAAAGUGAGGAUAUUAUUACACCUAUAACAACAGAUAUGACAUUUGAUUCAGAAGAGAUUAAUAAAAAUAUACCUAUUGUAUGUGGAGUAAUUGGGCUUUCAGAUCAAACAACAUUUUAA